UUUUUUAUGCUCUCUUAUCUUCAUUAAUUAGCACACACUGCGUUGCACUAUCAGUUUCAUGUCUUAUAUCCUCUCACAGCCUUCACCAGCCACUAAAAUCCCAUUUCUCCAAAUCAUAUCCCACACCUCCAUGCAAGCUAAGAGCAAAUUUGGUUGAAAAUUGAGACAUGUAAAAAUCCCAUUUUUUGCUGAAAUGGGAUUUUUUAGCAAGAGUUCAUGGUUGGUUCUGCAUUGCUGGGUUUGUCUUGUUUUGAGUCUGAGAGCUCAACCUAAUGCUGCUUCCGAGGUCUCUCUUAGGUUCUUGAAGACCCCUUCACCCUUUUCAAAUCAAAAUUCAACCAAAUUUGUUUUUCAAGUCUUGGUUGGAGGCAACAACAGUGAUGUUUGUAAAGAUUGUCCCACAACUUGCAAGCUGGAUGACCACGUACCUUCGGAUUGUCAUGGCGGGAUGGUUUCUUAUGCAGCAUUGCAGGAUGGAUUUCAUACCUUUGAAGCUUGCACGAAUGGGUCUCGUGGCGUUGGGUGCGCUAGCCACAACUGGACAGUUGACACAGUUCCCCCUACAGCUUACCUUAUGGCCCCAACAUCUUUUACAAAUGCUUCAAAUAUUACCGUAAAUAUAUCCUUCACCGAACCUUGCGGUUUUGGAUGCCCCUCUGUAAAUUCGUGCAAUCUUAUUGUCUAUGGUUCGGGCCAAGUUUUGCCAAGUACACUUCGUGUCAUUCACCCGAACCUCACAUUUUCUAUUGUUGUGAGUUUGCCGACAAGUUCUCAAUUUGGAAAGGUGACCAUAGUGACGGGUAAAAGUUUCUGUACAGACGCUGCUGGAAACAAAUUUACGAGGACAGAAAAUUCAACUUUAGUUGUACAUUAUGAUAGAAGAAGUGUUUUGGUGAACUUGAGAACUCACAUACCGGAAAGGCUACUCGAAAUUAAUGCAAAAACUAGGACGGUACUCGCAACUAAUAAUGCAAACAAGCUUAAGGUGUAUUUAUACUUCACCGAACCAGUAGUUAACUCGUCUACUCAAAUUUUGGGUUCUCUUAACGCGAGUGAAGGAUCACUUACACCUAUUAACGGGAAAAGCCUUGGAAAGCGUAGAUUUGGUUUUGAGCUAAAAGAUAUAUCCGAGACGGCCAUACUCACAGUGAGCUUUGAUUCAAACUCGGUAAUAAGCAGACAGGGAACCCCGGUUUCUUAUGUUGCCCCGGUUACUUUUCUAUAUGAUACUCAACGACCUACUGUAAGGUUGAGCACGACAUCUAAGAUGAGGACUAGUGAAAAGCAGAUUCCUAUUGUGAUAAACUUUAUCAAGCCCGUCUUUGGAUUUAAUUCAUCUUUGAUAUCUAUCAGCGGUGGACAAGUUAAAAGCUUUCAGGAAAUAAGUCGGAGCACGUAUGGUCUUUUUUUGCAAGCGGAUGGUGAUUUAGUAUCUAUCAGCGUGCCCGAGAAUGUUACAGAGGAUGUUGCGGGAAAUAGGAACCUACCAUCAAAUAUUCUCCAACUGAAGCACUAUUCUGUACCCAUGAUAUCCCGGGUUCUUUCAAUCUUUGCAACCACCGCUUUUGCAGUGACAGCUUUUGUUGCGGGGCUUCUCACCGUUUCGACUGCUAGCCUUCAGUCUAUUGGUGCAUUCUCGAGACCAACUUCACUUUUGACGUCUGAACCCACAAGAAGUGUUUUCAGAAUGGCAAGCCACAUACAGAUUUUUGCAAUGUCAAGGUGGUUACCGGUUGUCUUGCCAGUUGAAUUCUAUGAAUUUGCGAGAGGCCUGCAGUGGAGUGUUCCCUAUUUUAACCUCCCGUGGGAAACCGGGGAAAUGCAGCAGUUCAUGGUGGGAUCGAGUUCUCCAUCGGGUGAUUCAUAUAGUUCGAGAAUACAUGAUUCUGGACUUUUUCGUGGUGUUAAACCAGACCUAGAACACGUGGGCGUUGGUCCAACGGUUUAUGGGUUACCGUUAACCCCUAUAGAAUAUGGAUCAGUAUUUGAGCAGAGCCACAAUGUCUUGCCCGAAGCUGAGUUCAUCUGGGAUCCACAAAAUUCAAACGGAUGGAGGGAGUUCGAUAGAACGAUGUUUUGGUUAGCUUUAAUUUUUGGCGGCUUGCUCUUGCUUCAUGCUUUGCUCCUUUGCGUUCUAAAAUUCCGAAAGGACACGAAAAAGAAGUGGAGCUAUGGGGCUUUGAUAUUUCCAAGGCUCGAGAUUUUUCUUCUAAGUCUUGCACUACCCGGUGUUUGCAAAUCCUCGGUAGCUCUAAUCAAAGGUGGAGAGUCUUCGGGUAUAAUCGUUGGCAUUCUGCUACUGGGCAUAGUAUCAUUUCUGCUGCUCGGCUUGUUCUUGUUCCUCUCGGUGGGUAUAACUUGCGGGAAGCUACUUCAAUACAAGGAGGUUCAUCAAGAAGGGCAGAAAUUUCACUGGUAUCAAGAACUAGUUAGAGUAACCUUAGGCCCUGGAAAACGAGGCCAGUGGACAUGGAAAGAGGAGCGCGAUUCCACGUAUCUAACCGUUUUCGGUCCUUUGUUCGAGGAUCUAAGGGGACCGCCAAAGUACAUGUUGUCUCAGAUUGCGGGAGGGGGGAAUCUCAGCAAGCGUCGGGACAGAAUCAUUGCAUCGGACGACGAAACAGAAGACGCUGAGGCUCCUUUCAUCCAGAAGCUCUUCGGGAUCCUGAGGAUAUACUACACGUUCCUCGACACUGCAAAACGCGUGGCUCUCGGGAUCGUGGCGAGCGCCUAUUUAAAGAACUGGUCGUCUAAGACGCCCACGAUCCUCAUGCUUUCCCUCGCGGCCUUCCAGCUCUUCUUCAUGGUGCUUAAGAAGCCUUUCAUAAAGAAGAAAGUGCAGCUAGUUGAGAUCCUAUCAGUCACCAGUGAAGUUGCCAUUUUCGCUAUGUGCAUUGUCCUCUUGGAGUGGGAAUUCUCAGCCAAAGACGAGACGAGAAUCGGGAUCUUCAUGCUCGGGCUAUGCAUAAUCGCGUUGUUAGCAGAAACGGCAAACGAAUGGUACGCUUUAUACACGCAGAUAAAGCGGUUAGACCCUGCUGAGAACUCUUUCUGUCUAGGCCUUAAAGCAGCAUCCAUAGGGUUCCUUCUGUUCUUCUUUCCUCAAAGACUCAUCAAAAAGCUCGACACGAAAUGCUCGUUGUUUAAGAGGGGCGGGGAAGGCGAGAGCACGGGAACCACCACCACGCCUUCUACUCUCGAUAAAAGCAGGAGUACAGAUACUAGAAACUCGGGCGAGAAGUCGUGGCUAAGACAAAUACGGGAGCUAGCAAAGUCGAGCUUCAGCAGAGAAGGAAGCCCGGCUGAUCCCUCGACCAGCAGGACGAGAUGGAGUGAUUACGUCUGGAACACAAAGAGGAGUGGGAGCUCAUCUGUGGAUGAUUCUUCAGCAGAUUUCAAGACAAAACCAAGAGGAUUGUACAAAGAUUUAGAAGCGAUUUUCGCAUCCAAGUAAGCCACUUAUACAUGGAAUAGAACAGUCUUCAAAUCUUGCAUCUUCCAUUAACACCAUCCUAGGAGUUUACUGAAUGCUGGCCUGCAUUUAUAUAGAAGUUCUAGAUGGCUUUCAAUAAGCUUGCAUUGAACUGCAAUAGCUAGAUAAAGUGUGGUUGUUUUGAAGUCAUUAACCAUCUAUAUUCCACUGCAAAUUACUCCC